AUGUGCAAGGUGUGGCUCGUCAAACCACAAUCUUCUCAAGUGUCCUGCGAACAAUUCGGCGCCGAUGAGUAUCUCAAGAACCACGCCCAGUACCACUACCAGUACGUUGCUCCUAUGCCUGCCAUAAGGGUGGCCAACUACAGCAAUGCUACAACCGGUACCGACAUGCACUAUCCUCUGCCUGAAGAUCUCAGUAACAAAGCCCCCGUCGGCGAUGGCAAGGCAUGGACCUUACCGGGGGAUAUGACCGACCGAAACAACGUACUCACACUCAAGGAAGACUCGAAAUAUCCACUUCGGUCGAGCUGGUUUACGAACGCUGACAAGGACGUCAUCCUUACCAAUCACUUUGAGUACGAGCUUAGUGCCGACAAGUUCUACGAGUACAAAAUUCUGGAUAUGGGGACGAAGAAUCGCAAGAAGCUGAAAGUACUCAUGCAGAACGCUAUCAACAGUUGGCCCUUCCUGAAUUCCAACCAAGCAUCGUUUGCAACCAACGGGAUGGACACGAUUGUUUCGUGGAUACCAUUGCAUACCGACUUAAAGGACGGAGAGGCCGUUGAUGAUCACUCGAUCGAGUGGGGUUCUCAUAGAAUCCCUCUCGGGAACGAUUUCGUCUCGACUCGGUUCAAGUUCGUCAAGGCGAUCGACACCCAUGGUCUUCGACGUUAUGCUGCUGCCGAUCCGAACUACGAACACUACAACUUCAACGACAUAGCUACGUGUCUCAACAUCGUCAUCUCCAAGAGCUUCAGUACAGAUGUGCACAAGUUGUCAUCGAACAAGUUCUUCGUCAAACGCGCUCGCAGUACACUCAAUAACGGGACAACCGAGAACGAUUCCAACUCAUUGGAAAUCAUUCGCGGCUACUACUACAACGUCAAGCCUGGUAUGGGAAACAUCAUAUUGAACUUCAACAUCUCCACCAGCGCCGUCUUUCGACCGAUACUUGUGAGCGAGUUCAUGGCGGACUCCGAAACGUUCGCGGCUGAUAGACGUGCGCACAUUCUGGCUGGAAAGACCGUGUACAUCCACAAGGACCGCAUCGACAGCGAUAAAGACAAGGAAGCUAGGCUGAAUGACGAGAGUUCUCGGUAUUGGAAGAUCUUUGAGCUCCAGAAUGAUGGUGGAAAUAUUGACAGCCUAGUCUUCUACAAGAAAGUUUUGGAUGACAACGGGAAGCCCCGAACGAACGAUAAAGGAGGAUACAUACUGGAGCAACAGCCUACGAAAGUGGUAGAUCAUUUGGAACAAGUGUUCAGCACACAGCCAAGAAAAGAUCUUGUAGCGGUCAAUGUGGGCUCGAGGCUGCAUCCAGUAUGGUACGCACAGGAGUUCCUUCGUAUCGUACCUUACCAGCCCUAUACUCGGCCGGUGCCAGACCCGUACACCUCCUCUAUGGUCGACCAGGCAUGUCGUGAUCCAGCGGUCAGCCGUGCAUACAUCGAAAAAGAAGGCCUGGCCAGCAUUGGGUUCACCACUAAUGACAGCGCCGUUGCUUUCGGAGCGAAUAUCCCCGUCAAACUGAUCCCCACCAUGCUCCAGGUUCCACAUCAUAUCUUGGGUAUGCCAGCAGUCAAAUACAGUAACGAUACCACCACCGGAACAAUUCAGGCGAAAAAGCAAUCUCACUGGCACUUCCCGCCGAACGCCACACGGUUCCUGUAUACGAAUCAGAGCAAUCUGGGUAGCUUCAAAUACGCCAUACUGUUGGGUGAAGGCGUUUUCAAGAGUAAGAGACAAACGUUCAAGACACGGAUCACCAGUCAGAUCGCCAAAUGCGGCUUCCAAGUCUCUCAGGCAAUGGAUGUGUCCAAUCCUGGUCUUGACGAGCCUCUCAGAACAAUGGAGCUUGGAUCAAUCAAGGAGAAACUCGAAGAGGCCAAGAAGCUUGGUGCUGACUUGGUCGUACUCGUGCUCCAGAGCUACAACGUUGCCGCAUACCGCAACUUCAAGAGUCUUACAGACAGAGAUUUGGGGAUGCAAUCGGUUUGCAUGACGCUGAAGCGAGGUCGCGAGGACGAAAUAACAACCAACAUUAUGAUGAAGGUCAACCUCAAGUUCGGCGGUAUCAACCACGGAGUCACAAUGGGCGCUCAACUCUCUGCCACCAUGGUCAUAGGUGCAGACCUAAUCCACCCAGGACCAGGCUCAUAUCCAGGCACACCAUCUAUAGCUGCUGUUGUGGGUUCAGUCGAUCUAUAUGCGGGCAAGUGUCUUGGAUCUUUACGACUGCAAGAUGUUCACAAGACAGAUCGAGAGAUCAUCGAUGAGAAGUCUCUCAAAGAAAUGGUUCUUGAGAGGUUGAUGGCCUGGAAAGAGUUUGGUCUCGGUGUUGUCAACGAGCUUCCUAACAACAUCAUCUACUUUCGCGACGGCGUUAGUGUCGGACAUUAUGACAAAGUCAAAGAAAUCGAACAUCGAGCUAUUCGCGCCGCUUACAAAGAGGCCAGAUCGCAGCGUAACCUCCCAGAACAAGAGCUCAAGCUUGUCUCUGUCAUAGUCACGAAGCGUCACCACACUCGAUUCUUUCCACAGAAGCCGGAGGAAGGAGAUAGAUGGGGCAACAAGAACACCCAUCCUGGUACCUGCGUCGACAAACUCGUUACAUCACCCUACUAUCAAGACUUCUUUCUGCAGUCUCACAGUGGAAUUAAGGGCACAGCAAAGCCUACGCAUUACUUCGUGCUCGAGAACGAGAUUGAGCUCUGCAAGCUUGAAGGCCUACGAGAUCUAAUCCAUAACCUCUGCUACUCAUAUGUUCGCACCAUGGGCGGUGUCUCUUACGUCUCACCAACAUACUAUGCCGACCGGCUAUGCGAGCGAGGACGUCUCUACAUCCGCAAAUACUUCAUCGGCGACGACAAAUCUCUCUGGGACGACUUUGGCGCCGAAAAGAAGCGACAGGAAGACAUCUGGAGAGAUGCGCGAGCCAAGAUCCACGGUACAGGAGAACGCAAGAAGAGUUCCAAAGAGCGACAAGCGGAGAAGGAUGAUUCGGAGAAGGUCAUGACUCACAUGAAGGACUGGAUGCUCAAGAAGGUUGAGAAUGAGUUCUACGUAUUCAAGGAUCAUGCGGACGAGAGCAAGAGGUGGGAUAAUCCUUACUCCAAGGAUCUGGCGCAGACUAUGUUCUGGAUGUGA